CAACCAAUUGAAACCACACACCAAAACAACUUAAAAACAGUAUCAUUUACCUUCCUUCGAAUAACAGUAACCCAAAACAAUGUCGUUGGUAACCGAAGAAAUCAAAUCGAAAUCUGAGGUAUACCAUGGAGAUGAAAUCUGUCGGGUGAAAUCCAAGGAGCUUCUGAGAGAAGUCGGUCUCCCCAACGGUCUGUUACCAUUGAAAGACAUCAUAGAAGUUGGUUACAACGAAGAAACAGGUUUUGUUUGGCUGAAACAGAAGAACAGCAUAACACACAAGUUUGAAAAGAUCGGAAAACUUGUUUCUUAUGCUACUGAAGUCACUGCUCAUGUUGAGAAAGGUAAGAUUAAGAAACUGAGUGGUGUGAAAACCAAAGAGCUUUUCAUUUGGAUUACACUUAGUGAUAUUUAUGUUGAUGAUCCACCAACUGGGAAAAUCACUUUCCAAACUCCUGCUGGGCUCUUUAAGACUUUUCCAGUUUCAGCUUUUGAAGUUGAUGAGAAAUCAAGUGAUGUGAAAGAGAUUAAGAAAGUCAAUGAAAGUGUUGGAACUGUUGGUGGUGUUAAAGAGGUCUAGUUUUAGAUUCAUGUGAUUGGUUGUUAUUGUUGUUGAAAUUUCAGUAUUAAGUUAACUUUACUUUUAUCUAGAGGUAACUCUUAUUUAUUUAAAAUGAAAUGAAAUUAGUUUCUAUA